AUGUUUUUAUUGAUCGCAGGUUCGAGAAGCUCGGAAAAGUUCGACUGCGCUGCCGCUGCCGUCCGUUCCGACCCGAUCGACCGCUUUUGGACGGACUGCCCUCGGCUGACACCCCUGGCCAACCACCGCUGGAGCUGGCAGACGGGAGAAGACGUGUCUGACUCGGUGUUAGUCCUCGUUGACACAAUUCCGGCGAGAAUCAAGAUGAGUGAAGCCGCGCCAUCACAAGUUGAGACGAAGAGGGCAUGCGGGUCCGGGGCCCGGGGCCCCAAUACCAUCACCCGACAACAGGGCGUUUCGACUAGGCCAUCAAACGAAUGUCUGGAUAUGGAUAAUCUCAGCUGGCUCAGUGCUUAUGCAGCUUCGAUGUUCCGUGUCUCGCUUCUCUCGGAUCUCUCAAUGAACUAUGGAGCGGCUCUUCCUCGGCGGGACCGCACGCAACCACAUUCCUGGGACUUGGAAGUCUUCCAUCUAUGCCGACUUCUCUCCCCUCUGAAUUCACGUUACCUCAUCCUCAACCUCAUCUUUGCUAAGAAUCAUGGGCUGGCCAUGUUCCGUCUUUCCCUCACAUGCAACCAUUCCGAUGCGGCAGACAGCCACACAAUUCGGACCAGCUUUAUAGCACGGUGUCUCAGGACGGCCCAUUGGCCGCCUUUUGACCUCGCCGUCAUUGAUAAUUCAUGUUACGAAAGAAACACGAGGCUGGAGUACGCGACGAGGACCCAAUACCCCUGGAUGUUCCUCCUCGCUGAUCACAUCAUACAUCUCACGAUGCAAAACAACGAUAUAUAUGAGAACACCCACGAACGAGUAGAGCUCGCAAAGGAGAUGCUCAAGCUCUACAAGCUACCUCCUUCAGACGUCAAACACAGCGAGAAGUUUCAAACAUGGGCGAGAACAUCGCGUGUCGAAAGAGCUUGUCUUUUGUCCUCCAUCCCUUCACUUCCUGAACCCUCUACUCGUCCCCUUCAUCUGCUAUCUCUGCUCCUCGACCUUCCUGGUCCUUGGCCUCUCCUCCCCCUGAUCCAAUGUUAUAACCGUUUGUCACGAAACCUACCACAAGAGAAGCACAGCCCAGCAUUCGAACGGCUCGUCAGGGGUACCGAGGAGGCUGUCAAGCGCUCUUACACAUCACUGGGCCAGUUGAUCAUAUGCAGUGAAGAUGACAUGGACCGUCCUGCCUUGCGCUCCACACGACCAAACGACUUCAUCUCACACCGUAACUUGAGUAACCUCGUCACCUCAUUCGUCUUGCCCCUUGAACUUCAACCUGCCGCCGCGCCUAAGCCAAUCGUCGCCAUCGCUUUGCCAAACAGCCCCCUGAAGGCAGCUCUUACUAUUGCUGUAGCCACCUACUACAAGGCUGUCCCCAUCGACCCAACAGCACGGCCGGACGAGUUCCAAGCCGACAUCAUCCAAGUCGGCGCACAUUACGUCUUGACCAGCGCCGAAGAGUUCGAGAGACUUCAGUUGGCAGACUACUACAAGACUCAGCAGGAUACCGCCUCUCUUCUUCUCGUGGAGGCAGAUGGUGCAUCUGACUCCAUAGUCUUGCGAGGCACAGAUGGCCAUACUUUCUCUCUAACAACCGGCUGGCAGCCUACUCCGAACCAAGCAGACGAUGUCGCUAUCAUACAUUUAAAAGGGGGCAUCUGGGGAGCCAGAGAGUUAACACCAUUCUCACUCCAUACUCUCAUCUCCCAAGCUGUUGAAGCUGUUCACGACUGGCAACUUACCCCUGACGAUACCUGCCUUGGCAUGACUGGUAUUCACAGCCUUGGAGGCUUGGUAUGGAAUGCUCUUGCCCCUGUCGUGUCCGGCGGAUCGUCGAUCUGCUGCCCAUCUUUCGAUGCAAACCUAUUCUGGGAUAUGAUCGAGGAGAUCCAAAUCCAACCCACCUGGUAUCAAGCCUCGCCUUCUGCACAUCACGUCAUCCUUGAGAAAGGGCUGUUUCGCACCAAGUCUCUGCCGAGAAAGAAAAUCCGACUGGCCUGCGUUACAGAGGGAGAUGUGGCCCCCUCCUUGGAACGUCGACUACGGGCCACAUUCCAAUGCGUGGUGCUGCCGGGCCACGACGCCGAAAGACCCAUUCCAUCCCCUCCGACAUCCCUGUUCGGAGAUAAAUGUGAUGACCUGAAGCUUGACGGCCCUACUCCUUGCCAAGUCGACACUCCCGUCUUGUCAAAGCCGACUAUCACCACUAUGCCAGAAUCAGAUCACUCGCCGUACAACAAAGAUGGCUUCAUCAACGCGAGCCAUCUCGAUUAUCUGGGCGAUGAAGGGUACCUCUACGUUAUGGGACGGGGCAAGGGCUUCAUCAACCGAGGCAGUCAGCUCAUCUCGCCAUUCGAGAUCGAGAAGGCCAUCAUGUCGGCCGCCACGUCGACAACCUCGCUCAUCAGUGGCCGGGUGGCCGACGCGCUGGCCUUCUCCGUCGCCCACGACGUGCUGAACGAAGUCCCAGCCGUGAUCCUUGUCCCUUCUUCUUCCCCUGAUCGUCCGCGGGUAGAUAUCAAAACCUUGCACGGGGCUUUGCGUCACUGCCUCGCGCAGUCCAAGUGGCCAGCCUUGAUCGUCUACACGAAUGACCUCCCCAGGAGAAACGGCAAAGUCCUUCGCAUCAAGCUGGAAGAACGCCUGGCGCUUCCCGUUUUGACGGAUAAGACCCCUUACUUGGCUCGACACUGGGAAGCGACUUGUCCUCCCGCCGAUGCUGGCCUGUCUACGAGCAUUCCGGCUUCGCAGUGUGGCAUCGACAAGACCGCAAUCAUCUCGACCAUGAGGUCUGUCGUUCCGGGUGGCUUUCAAGCUUGUAUCAGAGCGAACCAGCAAGACGGUUACGUAGAGGCUUUUGUCGCUCCCAAGACGUUCGGCACCCCACCCCUUACCCCUGACUGGGUCAAGCAUAUCCGACGGCUCAUGUUCCAGUCGAUACACAACUACAUGGUGCCGAAUAACGUGCAUCUUCUAUCCGAGCCAUUCCCGGAAGACCCCCUUGGCACGGUAGACGAAGAUCGUCUCCAGGAGAUGAUGGACAGACUGCAUGACGCGCAAAAGAGCAGCCUGACCCUCUCCACGGAGGAACGGAUCAUCAACGCGUUUGCCCAGGUUCUGUCAUGGGACCCGGGAAAGAUCGACGCCGGAACAGAUUUCUUUUCUCUCGGAGGCGACUCCGUCAAGGCAAACGAGCUACUGACUGCCCUGCGAGCCGACUUCAACAUCCACCUGCCGGCCGGACUCGUUUUCAACCACGGCACGGUCAAAGCCAUCUCGACGUACAUCGACGCCACUCUUCCCUCCUCUCCCGACGGUUCCAGAAGCGACCCCUUGCCGCAAGGAGGCUGCACCGAGACCCGGAGUUCCACCAACAAGCUCCUCAUGGCAGCCCAGCUCCUCCCGCUGGUGGUGUUCUAUCCCAUGCGCCGCGCCUUCCAGUGGACCGUCUUCCUGAGCUUCCUCAGCUACACGCGCUUCUGGCCCACGAACAACAUAGUCUACGGCCGUUUCUUCAACCUCGUCCUGGCCAUCACGCUGGCCUACAUCGUCGUCCAGAUCAUCACCCCCUUCCUAGGCAUCGCGGCCAAGUGGCUCAUCAUCGGCCGCUACCGACCCGGGCUCUACCCGAUGUGGGGAUCCUACCACACCCGCUGGUGGAUGGUCCAGAAGAUCACCACGCUCUGCGGCUCGGGCUUUUUCAACGCCACCGACCGGCUGAAAACGCUCUACUGCCGUCUCAUGGGGGCGAAGGUCGGGAGGAACGUCAGGCUGGUCGGAGCUUCGCUGGGCGAGUGGGAUCUCCUGGAUAUCGGGGACGGGGUGACACUGGGUACGGGGUCGGUGUGCCGGCCAUUUGCUGCCGAGGCGAACACGUCCAUGUACCUCGCAACCAUCGUCGUCGGGGAGAACGUCGCGGUGGGGAUCGGGUCGGUCAUUGCGCCCGGCAGCGUCAUCCCGCCCAACGUCUGCAUAGGGCCGAAUUCAUCUAGUUGGGAACUUCGAGACGCAGAUGAGUCGAACCGCGACCUCUUGCCAUCUAGAGCGCCCGGUCAGCAUUGGGCUCUCUGGUUCUUCCUCACCCUUCCGAUUCUCGCCAUCGGGUGGCUUUUCGCCCUGAUUCCUUGGUUCUGCGGCUUGGCCGGUCUUAUCAUCGAGAAACCGCUUUACAGCAAAGUCCCUUUACGGGAUAUCCUCGUCUGGUUCCCCACAAGCCCAACUGUGGGAUUCCAUUAUCUGGCCCUCGUUCUGCGAUCCCUCUUCAGCCCUGUCUUCCUAUUGGUUUUCACGGCCUGUGCCAAGAAAGUGCUGGACUUGUUGCUAGGUGAGCUACGGCCGGGACCAUCUCAGGGGCGUCGCAAUAUCGACACAUGGAGGAUGGCUCUCAUGAAAACUUUACUUCCCGAGUCCCGCCUUCGAGAGGCAACCGAGCUGUUUGGGCAACAUCACGAGGUCACCUCGAUCGCCCUGCGGAUGCUAGGGGCUCGGAUCGGACAAAGAGUGUAUUGGCCGAGUAUGGGCCCAUCCAUCGGCGACUACCACCUCCUCGAUAUUGGCAACGACGUUGUUCUCGGGCCCCAAAUACGGUUCAUAACAUCCGAUGGCUCCGGCUCGGAGAGGAUCUGCAUCCGGGAUGGCGCCAUGGUCGAUGACCGGGUCUGCCUCCUACCUGGAGUCGAAAUUGGGGAGAAGACAAUGAUGGGCACGGCAACACUCGCUCGAAGGGGCGGUGUAUACCCUGAAGGGACGUAUAUUGGUUCGAGAGGAGGCGACUGCGUCAGUUGGCUCACGGGUUGGCAAACCGCGAAAAAGGGGAAGCCCCUAUUUCCUUCACAUGGGCAACAAAUGUCCAAUACCGACACGCUGGUGGCAAAAAAAGUGCUUCAGCAUAUGAACAGCAGUGAUACACUCGUCGAUGUCAAGAGACCUUCGAAGCAGUCGACCGUGGACAGCAACUUUGACGAUAUCGUUCCCGACCAGGGGCACCCCCGACGCGACUCGCCCUUCGACAAAGCGUUCUAUGACAAGAAAGCACCCUACUACGUCUUCGGCCAAACGACCAUAUUCCUCUACUCGGCCUUCAUGUCCGUCUUCACGGCAUUCUACUGGAACGUCCCCGUCAUCUGCUCGAUCAAGCUGGUGGGCCGCAUCGUCCACGACCACAUCCAGGCCACAGAGACCGUCUUCCACGACAACGCGUAUUUCGUUCUAGCCCUCUACGUCCUCUCCACCAUCAGCAUGUGUAUCCUGACCACCAUGCAGGCCAUCCUGACAGUGGCGGUGGUCAUCGGGGCGAAGUGGGCGCUCCUCGGCCGGACCGUGCCGGGGAACUACGACUGGGACAAGUCGCCCUACUGCCAGCGCCGCCAACUGUUCCUCAUCAUUGAAAGGCUAAUUCACCGCUGCUACCGCAUGAAGGGCAUUCCGGGGCUGCUGACGGGUACGCAUUGGCUGGUACUGUACUACCGCGCCUUGGGCGCCACCAUCGGCGACGACUGCGCCCUGUUCGCCAACGGGAAGCCUAGCUUCAUGUUCACCGAGCCGGACCUCAUUAUGCUGGGGGACAGGGUGGCUAUGGACGAUGUGAAUCUGAGGGCGCACAGAGAUAUUCGGGGCAAGUUUGACUUGGAGAGGGUCGAGGUGGGUGAUCGGUGCGUGCUGAGGACGGGGAGCAGCAUGCUGAGCGGUGCCACGAUGAAGAGCGAUAGCUGUCUCCUUGAGCAUACCCUUAUCAUGGGGGGCGAUGUGGUGGAGAAGUCAUGGACCAUGCAAGGAUGGCCUGCGGAGAGAUUCAGCGGUAACAGGGUGAGUCUCGUGGACGAUCUGAAGCCUGAGGUAGAGGGAUCCCGUAGCAACUCGGAUGCCACUUUAGUUUCACACUAGACAGAGGACUAUGGGGCAUGGGGGGAAGAGAUACUCAGCACUCGGUUAUCUCCUAUGGGAACAGGGGUAUUACUGCAUAGCAGGCUCUAAACGACGUAGCUAAGAACGAAUUGCUUGAUGAGCAUAUGCUGGUUGUUAGCUGCUCGUUCACAUUAUGUCACUUUAUCCUGAG